AUGGAGGAAUAUUGGUGGAAUAACAUUUGGCAAGCGGAUGCCAAUGAGACUGAAAACAAAGGUGUACAAGACUAUGGUAAGACCGGUGAUCCUAUAUGGCACAGAGACUUGGGCAGUGAAAAAAGAACAAGUGAAGAAAUUGGAGGUAGUGGAGGUGAGAUAUUUACGAGCUAUUAAAGAAGUAACAAGAAGAGAGAGAGAAUGAGAAACGAAGAAACAAGGAAGGAAUUGAACGUGGCGGAACUGAUAGAAAAGAUAUUAGAAACUAGACUACGAUGGUAUGGCCACAUGAAGAGAAUGGAAGGAAAUGAGUUUGUCAAAUUGGCUGCGGAGCAUAGGGAGGAAGAAAGGACGACUGAGGAAGCGGCGGAUGGGUUGUGCGCAAGAUGAUGGUAGAGUGGUGAAUCUGGAUAAGUUGACGACAUAAUACAGGGAAAAAGUGUGCAGGCGACCUGACUCCCCUUGAUGGGACAACGGGGAUGAUGAUGAUGGAUUAUAAUGCAUGGCUACCUCGUAACCGCGUAUGCACGUUACCCUAAGUUACUGCAUUGGCAUGGGUAGCUGUGCUAAAAACAAGCAUUUGGCUAAAUUUGUGUAUUUAUUUGUGUAUUAUAUGAACGAAUUCCAAGUAACAUUUAUUAUUUUUAUACAUUUCAGAGUUAGCGGAAACUUACUGUGCCUUAUUUUAUAUCAUUACUUUCAUCUCCAACAGAAGCUCCAACUGAUGCUGCUACGUCAACACAACCACCAACCCAAUCUGUUUCAACAGAAGGUCCAACGAAUGCUAUGUCAACACAAGGCUCAACUGAUGUUUUAACAACUGAAUCACUAACUUCUACAACUGGAAUCGGUAAAGUUGAUCUUUUACUUUGCUUUCUGUUCAUUGUAUUGAAAAAAAGAUGACUAUGUGAAAUCUGAAACCUGUAGAUUGCUUUCUAUCGACACACACAUGCCUUUAGAAUUGAAACCGUUGUGUUACAAUGUGCUGGAACCAAUAUUUAUUGCGAGUAUGUUGUUAUGGAAAUGAAUUAUCGUCCACUUUCUAAUUUAGCUCCACUCCUCAAGAUUUAGUUUUCUAAUGUAGCUCCACCCCUCAAGUCCAUUUUGGCUGCUAUAUAACAUCGUUGACUAUAUGCGGACCUGUAUUCUGCAUGAAAACAUUCAUGUGACUUGAAUAACUUGCACUAUUGCUUUCAAACAUUUGAACUUUAAAUACUCAUGACGUGCUGUAACGUACGAUUUACACCAGUCAGUCUUGUCUACUAUAUUUCUUCAGGUGAGUUACAGCAUGGACAACACUUGAAUAACCCUUGUUUAUAUACCACUCUUGAUAACUCGCAUAGCUACAGAAUUCAUACAGUAGAACAAAGUUAGCUAAUUAUUUUUUUGUAAUUUGGCAAAUAAAUAAUUUUUUUCAUAAUUGCAUUGCGUAGCUACCUCUGUUCUAAUUUAUAGUUUUGUAAUUUGUAAACUGGGGCUCUAGUAACUGCGCAAACCGGUUAUCCAAAGUUCUGGAUUGGGUAGCGAUAUUAAAAACAAGCAUUAUUAGCUAGCCAAAAUAAAUUUUAUGAAAGAAUUCCAAGUAAUAGUUAUGGUUUUUUACAUUUCAGUGUUAUACCUUGUUUUUUCAUUGCUUUCUUUCCCAUUCUCCAACAGAAACACCAACUGCUGUUCUGUCAACACAAGCUCCAAUUGAAGCUGUGUCAAGACAAAGCUUAACUUAUGCUGUAAUAACACAAGUUCCAACUGAUGUCAGUGCAACAACGGAAACACCCACUUCUCUUUCUGGAAUCGGUAAGCUUGAUCUGUCAUUUGUUGUUGUUUUUUUCAUUGAAUUGAUUUAUUGGACAAUUAUUCAAGGAACAUGCUUAAUUGCACUUCGUGUUAACAUGCGCAACAGGGAAAAUGAAUAUGAAUACCAUCAGGCCGGCUUUCUAGUGGCGGAUCCAGUGGGGGAUCAAAGCAUAUAUAAAUCUUAAUUCAUGAGGCCGAAGAUUUACUAACGCUAUGAACAAUGCCAUAUACAAUGAAGCUUCGGUAGUAUACUGGUUGUAGUGCUGGGUGGAUGCGCAUGCAUGCAGUACUCGAUUUGAUAUUCGAUUUGAAAAUAUAGAUGCAUGAUUUUAGGAACGGGGCCCUGGAAAAUACUUUGUUUCUAACUGUUUGUAGCUAUACGUCGAAAAAUAUACGUUAAAAUGUAAAUGUAAUAACUAAAGACUUUUCAUCAUGUCGUUUAAAUUUAGCAAUAUAUCUUGCUUGGACUAAAGUAAUAAACACAACUGAUCUCAUGUCUAAUUCGCAACACCGGAGUUUUUUGGUAUUUAAUUAAGCAUCAGGUAAUGGCAUACGUAUACUGGCUGGAUAAUAGUUGCCGGAAAAUUGUCGUUUCAAAUAUAAAGAAUUGCCUUAAAACACAGAAAAAAUUAUGAAAAACGUACAAUUUUGUAAGUUUAAAAAAAUAUUAUUAACACUCCAAAAUAUAUUAUAAAACUGUUGAAAUAUUUUCUAAAACUUACCUAUUCUGGUCCCUAUAUAUUAUUACUCCAGAACUACUUUGGGAAUCAUGCACCUAUAUGUUUUAAUCCCAAUUUGUCUUUAACUAAUUCUAUAACCCGUUAAUUUUCUUAUUUUGUUUCAUUCAGGUGGUAUCUACCAUCAAUUACAUUGGGUUAUGAAGGACUCAAAAUACGUUAGUGAAGUUUUCAUUGCUGGAAGACGGAAGUACACGAUAAAAAACGACAGUUUCAACCCUGUACAAUUUAUGGCAAAUAAUCCGUCAGAUCAGCCAGUUUUUGUAAAUAAUGUCCCUUUCAGCAAGUUUCUGGAACAAUUGAACGAAAAGCUACGCAAAUGAUCCAUACUGGGAUGCAAGUAAAACAUUUGUGCAUAUAUCCUUUAAUUAAAUUGUAUACAACGCACGAAAAGAACCGCGAAAUGAUGCAGCGGUUAACGUAAGAUGAACGUUUGUCAUAAACCGUACAAGUAGAAAGUCUUACCGGGUUCUAAAAUCUAAAGUGACUUCUUACAUUCAUUGAUCGUUAUAAAUAAAACGCAAGAACCACACACUUGCCUUGGUAUCAUGACACAAAUCACCAAUAAAUGAAUUCCAGCUAUAGACUAAAUUUGAUCCAGACAAGAAGGACAAAUUCUAUCAUUAUAGCUUAAACGAACAUCCUUUGAUGAGUAAAAUUUCUAAAUCUGGUUGCAAAAUGUUGUAAAAUACGGAUAAUAUAGCCCUGUGACUUUUGAAUAUUUUAGUAUUUGGCUACGCGCGGAAAAAUGCACCACUUUUGAGCCGAACGUGGUGCAUUUUUCCACGCGUAAUAUACUAAAAUACUCAAUAUACGCCUAACAGGCCUAUAUUUCAGUUCGUAUUUUACAAUAUUUCUCAACCAAACUUUGCAAUUUUACUAAUGUUAUAGGAUUUUCUCUUUUGAGCU